AUGGCAGAAGCAGCCGAGGCUGGGUUGGACGACGCGCUCCUCGAGGCCCGUCCGCAUGCUGACUCCGACGAGCGCGACAACAAACAGGAUGACGAGCACCAGGCCACCGAAGAAGAGCUUGAGCUCGGCGAAGACCCCACCAUCCGCUACGACUGGCAGCGGGGUGACGUUGAAGAACGACGUAGCGCCAUUGAGCGCCGCCGCAUGAUGCUGGCCGAGGUUGACUUGACCAAGGACGAAUGGAUGGAUCUGCUCAAUGAGCGCAAUUUGAUCGCCGUGGAAGAUCAGCUGCGCGAGCAGGAGGAACAAGCGCAAGCCCUCGCCCGUCUGGCACAAGAACCACAACUGGCCGGCACCCUGGACCUGGCCGAUAUGGCGCGCGUAAUUGCUACCAAUUCGUCGCGUACCAGCCGCUUCCAGAUCGUGAUGCAAGAUGGCACGACCUGGGAUCUCAAGGCGCCCGAUAUGCCGACCAUGACCAUGUGGAUGGACGAGCUCCUCAUGCGACAGCAGCAGCUACGUGAACAAGCCCUCCGUGAAAAUAUGACGGCCUCAGGGUUUGCGGCAGGAUCCGACACCCGCUUCACGGCUGAAGAGGAAGCACUAGCCGCCCCUCCAAGUUUUGAUGAGAGCUUGGACAUUCACCCCCAGGGCCCGCUGGCCAAUAGUGCCGACCUCUACACGGCGACGGCUGCCGAGAUUGCGAGCAUGCAAUCGGAAGACGAUGACGACGCGUCCGAGCAGGAUGCCAGCGAACUCUCCGAUGAAAACAAGCGUCUCACAAAAAAGGUGCAAGAACAAGCCAACAUCAUUCGUGAGCUGCAGCAGAAGCUCCGCAAGCAAAACGAGGCCCACCGAGAACUUCAUGCUGCCCACCUCACUCUCCAGCAACAGUGCAAAGAAUAUCAAGCCGACCUGGCAAUGCGGGACACGCGCCUGUUGCAGGCAAACGAAGAGUUACGUUUGGAAAAGGAGGCGCGUGAGCGUGAGCGCUCUCUAGGCCUGUCGGCACACCAGCUACAAAUGCGUCUGGCCUGGGUUAAGGCUGAUUUGUCCCAUCACCAAGCCUUGAUUGAACUCUACCACCACCGCUUGGCCGGGGCCACGGCCUGUGUGUCCCUUUACCGAGCCAUUGCUGAUGGAAUGGAUGCCACCACGAGUGAGCGUGAGGAAACGUGGAUGGCGCAAUUGGCUGACGCUGACCACGCCCUCCUCUCUUCCAAAGUGCGCGCGGAUGGCCUGCAGGAGCAACUCAACGUGCUGCAACUGCAGAGCCCUGACGCUGGAUCUAGCUUUUGUUCAUCGCCAUCUACGUGUUACGCCGCUACCCCGGUCGACAUGGCGCAGACCUUUGAUCCAGCGCGUCCGCGCUACGAUCAGACGACCUUUCAAGGUCGAUUCCGUCACUUUAUGGACAUUGCCGAUCCGCGCUGUCUUGCACCGUCCCUCUUCUUUGGGAUGAGCCUAGACGAGAGCGUGUCACUCAUGGAACAGUGGAAGACCAACGCUGUCCCAGCCAGUGUCCCUGCCGAGCGCCUCUGGCUUGCCAAGAAGAUUCGCGACUCGGCCAUCCACCCCGAUACUGGCGAGACGAUCGUGCAGCCCUUUCGCAUGUCCGGUUUUGCUAUCUAUGGCACCCCAAUCGUUGUGGGCAUGCUCCUGCCCAAUCCCACCAUUGCUUCCACCAUCUUCUGGCAAUCCCUCAACCAGACACACAACGCCUGCGUCAAUUAUGCAAAUCGCAAUGCUUCCCAGGCCACGGAAGUCAGCGAUCUGGUCACUGGCUACAUCGGAGCCGUAGCCUCGAGCGUCUCCAUUGCCGUUGGCCUGAACCAGCUCGUCAAGCGAGCCCGGAUUUCCGAAGGCCUUCGCACGGUGCUCAGUCGAUUCGUUCCUUACCCGGCCGUGGCCAGUGCCAGCACCGCAAACAUGCUCCUCAUGCGCCGCUCCGAACUCAAAAACGGCAUUGCCAUCAAGGACGACGAGGGUUCGGUCGUCGGCUUUUCUCAGAAGGCAGCUGAGCGUGCCAUCUACCAGACCAUGCUCUCUCGCGUCGUGUUGCCCGCACCUCUCCUACUCAUUCCACCCAUGACAAUGAUGGCCCUGGGCAAGACUGGGCUCUUCAACCGGCUGCCCCGCGCCCGCAUGCCUGUCGAGGCAACCGUUUGCGUAUUGGCGUUCGUCUUCGGCCUGCCCUUUGCCAUCUCUCUCUUCCCGCAGGAGGGCUCCAUCACCGUGCAGGAAGCAGAGCCCCAGUUCCGAGGUCUUCAAAAUUCCAAGGGGCAACCCGUAGAAACGUUCUAUUUUAACAAGGGCCUGUGAAACCCCCCUUUGUCCUAUCAAGGCUAUGACAACCCCUAAGGCUGCGGACCCUUCCUUCGUUUCACCCGUGCCCCUUGCUCCUUUUGCAGUCUACAAAUUUAUAUCAUAAAUU